AUGACUGAUCCGAAACAGUUCUUCUCGAAUGUCGAGCGCUUGCGCAUGAGGUUAGGCCAGGAAGCCCCUGGGGGCUCCACGUAUGACUAUCAUCAUGGUCGGGCCUAUCGGACAAAUGCUCACGGGCCACCCCUCCACCGUGGGCUUCGUACUGUGACAAGGAGACGAGGUCUAGAGAAACGCUCUGCAUCUCCCAAAAAACUGCGCAAACCUGGUUCCCUCCAAUUGGCCUACCUGGUUGCUCAGGCUGACUCGCAAUGCUUUCACUCUCUUCCCGCUAAGAUCCAACAAAAGCUUUUCUCCCCUGAGGAACGUUGCCGUCUCCGCUGUGCCUAUCGCGACAGCGUGAUUCUGGACGCGGCCGACGAGGCCUUUUAUCGUCGCGACCAGGCUCGUCGUCAAUUAUCAACUGACUCCCUUUCCUCGGGCGCGACGUCCGAAGACCAUCCUGCUUCCGUUUUUUGGGAAUCGGAUUCUGAAUCCGUUGACGAGAACCAACCCUCCAAGAUGGAUGAGACCAUCUAUGACAGCUUCCGAUGGCUGGAUGGAGAUGGAGAUCUGGACUUGUCGCUAGAUGAGUACCAUGCCCACAUUGCCGAUGCGGCUACUCAUCAAGGAAAAGCCUGGCGUCGCCCUUCCUUUCGCCGCUCUUUAUCUUUUUCCACCCACACAUCUUUGAAACCCCGACAAUCUACAUCAGUCCCGCCACGAAGCAUCCCCCAAAGCCAAUCAUUGCCCCCAUUUGCGCCUUUGGUCAGUCGUAACUCAUCCUCCCGCCCGGCAUCUCGUCAUCAAUCCAGCCAGCAUGCCCCCAAAUCCUCCACCUCCAGCAUUGACCCCUCUGCACAAUACUAUCAAGAUCCGGACGCUCGUUUGAAACUGCGUGUGUAUCUGGCAUCCCCUCAGAAGUUUGAUGAAGCGAUUGAAUUCGGUUUCCCAUCCUUGGACCACAACAAAGAAAAUAUGUCCCCAGACCCACCUUCUCCCAUCCCAGUCUCAAUCAAUUCAGAAUGCGCCGGCACUUUCUUCGAGGAGGACGAUGGCACGAUGGUUGGCAGCCCGGGUGGAUCAGUCUUGGAAGCACACGCACCAUCAAUAAACUCCCACCCGCGGGAGAGCCCACGGCCAUCGAUGGAUACGCCGUCGCUGUUGCAAAGACGCCAGUCUUUCUUGCCUGGGUCCAAAUUGGGUCCCCAGCGACUUCCAGGAAACCGGGAGAUGACACUGAAAAUGACGUUGACCCGACCCGAUCUACGGACCGAGUCCCCUACGCCGUCCCAGUCCCCCCAAGAGGAUCCUCUGCAAUUGGCCGCUCUGCCGCCUGCCGACCGCACCCAACACAUCUGGGAGGAUCUGGAUGAUAAUGAAGGCAUGGUCAAGAAAAUGUGGCGCAAAUUGCGCCGCAGACCUUAG